CUCAGUUUUUCGCUCUCCACAACGAAUGAUAUCCAGCAGUUGGCACUGAAACUACAUGGUUACAGGAAAUUGAAUUUUACAAAGCACGACAGUCCUUACUGGCCAGAAAGGUAUCUCAGUUGGAGCCGCGAUUUUGUCUGCAUCCCGUCGCAGCCGUGUUGCAACAUCGCAAAUCCCCAUUUCCAAGAGAAUCUCACCGAUUACUGCAUUCGCGUCUCCACUUCUCAGCUUUAUACACAGUACAAUGAUACUCCUAUCUACGACAAUACAACUUUUGAGCUUGUUGGCUACACGGCUUUGCUGCCGACCACUCUCAAAUAUUCACACCGUUUUCGGGACCUAUCAAAUUCGUUCGAUCUGAUCCAGCACGCCUUUAGCAAUAUGGGCGACGGUGCCUGGUACACGACAGAGUGGACACUGAUGUCCGUCUGGUUCGACUUGCUACGUUCCAUGAUAUCAGAUUGUCGCCAAUCAUUGAUCCUCUCUUUCUCUGUGGUUACAAUUCUGGCACUCUUCCAUUUGAAACUUAAGUCGCCAGUUGCGAUUGUCACUAUCUGUUGUAUCGUUGUGUCCACAGUGGGCUGCGUGGUUGCUCUGGGCUGGGUCAUUGGCGUCCUGGAGGCCGUUAUUUUGGUACUCGUUGUUGGCUUGUCUUUUGAUUUCACCUUGCACUACGGUGCCUCAGUUCCAAAUUUUGGGUGCGCCAAGCAUCGAGUUUGUCUUGCGGCUCGGAAGUCAGCAGUCCCGGUCACUCUAGCUGCGCUCUCGUCAAUUGUUGCUGGUGCGUCAAUGUUGGUCGCCGAAACGCAUGCUUUUUAUCAGGUUUACUUCGUUUUGGUAUCUGAUGAAUUUGAAAUGACUGAAUUUUUGAAACAAAAUCUGAUAAAGGAGGAAGAGAAAUGA